AUGAUACACUGGCGUUGCAGUAUCUCCUAUCCAGCUACGAAAAUGAACGAAAAGCGGAAGUACAACGCGCCGAAACCUGGACGGUGGCAGUGCACUUCCUGUGGCUUGCAGAUUCCAAUCCUGUCAAAAUGCGUCGCCCAAAUUACAUCGUCAGAACAACCGAUUGUUGGGCUUCUACUGGCGCUUAUCCUCGUGCUUCUGAUUCUGGCACUGUUGCUGGCUCUGUUUCUCGCUCGGUUCUGUUGUUGCUGUGCGCGACGCGUCAAGGACGAGGAUGAAAUUUAUCAGCGCAGCACAGUACGUGGAUCCAAAAUUCUGGAACCGAUAUUGGUGGCUACUCCCCCGCAUGAGCGAAUCUACGGAACGCAGGCGGAUGCUAUAUACAGCACUCCAUACUCU